AUUCAAGAAACAGAAAAUCGUAUACUGUAUUUGAUUUGUCCUCAGAAUCGUCCCAUUUUAGUCUCAAUCCUGUAGAGAUAAGAAAUGAGAAGGAAAGAGUCAUUGUUUUCCUCUGCAUCUGUUCUGUUUCUUCAGUUUCUGUUUCUCUCCUUUGUUACAGUUCGAGGAAGAAGUGACCCAAUAUCAUGUUCUUCUUCAUGCGGAAAUUUGACAAAUAUCAGAAACCCUUUUCGCCUGGAGGGUGAUCCACCGGGCUUGGCGAUCCUGAGUACCAAUUUUCUUGCGAGAACGGCGAAACCAUCUUAAAUUUUCAUUCUGGAAGGUACUUCGUGAGGAGAAUUAACUACGAGGAACGCAUAUUUCGUGUCGUUGAUGUUAACUUAGCCAGAGGUAGCUGCAAUCUGCCAAACCGGUCUCUGUCCAUGGAAGAGGUGAUCGGAGGCGGCCGGUACAGUGGAGUACUAACAUACAAUCAUAUCAAUUUCCUGAGAUGCCCGGAGAAUCUCACCGACCCGGCUUAUACCAGAGUGCCCUGUUUGAGUGGGAAUGCAAACCAUGUGUUUGCUAAUAUUAGUGACCACGUUUUAUAUCCUCAUCAACUUCCGGAGUCAUGCGUGAAGACUUCAGUUGUUCCUACAAUCUAUAAUGCUACGGAAAAGAACCUUUCCUACGAAGCCAUUUCGAGAAUGCAAGAGGAAGGUUUUGAUCUGGGAUGGUCAGUUGACUGUAGGGAUUGCAUGGCAGAUGGUGGUUACUGCCAGUUAAGAUCCCAGGAUAUUAAACGAUACACCUAUAAGUGUAGCCAUGGAGAUUACAUGCCUCGAUGGAAGAUAAUCUUGAUUUGGGUCGGAGUCAUUCUCAUAGGUGUCAUAGGGUUAAUUGUGGUAUUGGCUGUAAUUGGAUUGAUUCUUUGCAAGUGUAAAAGAAGAAGAAAGAAGAAUGAAAACAUGGAAGACAUUGCGCAUGGUCAUCAGCAAAACACAGCUGUCUAAAGAACUAAACUGUUCCCGGCCAAAGAAAAGGGACACUGUUUGCUGUUUGAAACACACACACUGACACACAAAAUAUAGAACCAGAAAACGGUUUUACAGGAGGAUUAUAUGCAGUUCGUUAUGUAAAAUUACUUAAAUGUUUUUAAAAAAAUAAUAUAAAACAGAUUUUAAA